AUGAGAAAGAGGAGAGUAAAGCACGAUCUGUUAGCGAAAAAAGAGUUGGCUAGAAAAGAGGAAGAGGAACAAAAACAACGUGAAUUGCAGGAAGAUAGGGAACGAGCAAAGAAGGAUCGGUCAUCCAGAAGAAAGGAAAACCUGGACCAAAGAACACGUGAACGUCAGGAAAAAAGAGUAAAGGAACUGCGUGAAGGACUAACGCGGGUACAAGAAGAGGCCGCCGAAAAAGAACGAAUUCAGAAAGAAGUGGAUAUCACUGUCCGAGAAAGAAUAUGGGGUUGUAAUGAUUUAGCCUCAGUACUUCGUCAAUUUGGAUUCAGCGUUCCACCUAGCGCGACAUCGAAAGAGAUACUAAAUUUUUUAAAGAAAGCACAUUUUAAGUUCCAUCCUGAUAAAACGAUUAACUUUCCACUCUAUGAAAGAAUCGAAGCUGAAGAAAAAAUGAAGAUUAUUCAAAAUAUGACAAAGCUUGAAAAUGGUGACUGA